AUGACUUCAUCGGAAUCCUCAAAAUUCUUCACAGAAGACUGGACAAUAACCAUUCCCACGCAUCCCAACCUCCGCUUCAUCCGUCUAAUCCCUACUCGCUACAACCAUCUAGUCCGCAUCUUCAGCAACCCCCUAAACGAUCCACAUAACCCCGCUCCCACCUCUGCCAACUGGAAAGAAUCCGACACUCACGAUCUAAUAAAAACGUACACGCAGCGCUACACCUCAGCCAAAACGGCACAUAAUGCCCUUGCACUCCUAGUAGAAGAAAAAGGCAAAAUCGUCGGUAUAGGCCUAAUGCAUGAAUUGGAGUAUCAACCCGGCGUAGCGAAUAUCGGUACGAUACUUGAGGAGGAGGCGAGAGGUCAUGGUGUUGGGAGGGUUUUGAUGGAGUUGUUGUUGAGGUUAAGUAAUGAGUUGGAUGUGGGUGCUGUGGAAGUGGCUACGAUGAAGGGGAAUAGUCCGAUGAGGGGGUUGAUGAGGAGUUUAGGGAUUGGAGAGACGGAGGCGGAGAGGAUUUUGCCGGGAAAUAAGAAGGUAGCGGAUGUUAUGUUUAAGGAUAUUGAUAGGAAAAGAUGGAAGGAUUUUGAGUUUGAACUUGAGUUUGUUGGGGACGGUGGAUGA